GCUCUCUGUAUAAUAUGUUUAAGAAUUUAGUCAGACUAAAUAUCAGACUUAAAGUCCCUAGCUAUAAGCAUAGUCACAUCUUUGGUGCCCAUGGGUUCCAUACGUCGGCGAAAUUGUUCAUUAAUUUCGAUCCCUACAAGACUUUAGGUGUUCAAAAAGACGCCGACCAAAAGGCCAUCAAGAAGGCUUACUAUGAUUUGGUUAAAAAACACCAUCCUGAUGUCAACAAAGAAACUGAUGCUGAAGAGAAGUUCCACAAAAUUCAAGAAUCUUACGAACUUUUGAGCGAUAAGGAUAAACGGGCUCAAUACGAUACAUAUGGCCAAAAUUUCGACAACCCUUAUGGAUCUGGAGGUCAAGGUGGAUACUCGACCGGAAACCCAUAUGGCGGUAGCGGAGGAGGAAAUCCUUUUGGAGGAAUGGGAUUUGACUUUGAAGAUUUGUUCAAGCAAGCUUUUAAUGGAGGAAGAGGUGGUUCUGGUGGUGGUGGAAGAGCUUUUGUCACCGAGCACGUUGGUGAUGAUGUGGAGAUUCUUAAAUCAAUUCCUUUCAAAGACAGCGUUUUUGGUACCAAGAUCAAGGUUAAUUAUAAGGCAGUAGAUUCUUGUAACUCAUGUAAGGGAAGUGGGUUAAAGACCGGUAAGGCCAAAUCCACUUGUCCUACAUGUCAUGGAUCUGGUCAUGCUACCCACAUCAUCGGAGGAUUCCAGAUGUCAUCCACUUGUGGGACUUGUGGGGGAGCUGGAGUUACCAUCAACAAAGGAGACCAGUGUACAUCAUGUAAAGGACAUGGUGUGGAAGAGGUUCCGAAGUCUACCGAAAUCGAUUUACCUCCUGGAAUCAAGGAUGGUUCUCGUUUGAGAAUCCCUAAUAUGGGAGACUCUCCAAUUGUUGCCAAAGAUGCUUUCACUGCCACUAAGAAUGGUGAUUUGAUCAUAAGAAUUAACGUUCAAGAUGACAAGCUUUUUAAGCGGGUUGGAAAUAAGAUUGUGACAGAACAAGAUAUUCUCAUGACAACUGCAAGUUUAGGAGGAGAAAUCGUUGUCCCCACCAUUGAUGGAGAGAAUGUGAAGAUUAAGGUCAGAUCUGGAACCCAAAAUGGAGUUAAGUUGAGUAUCCCUGACAAAGGGUUCCCCAUUAAUAGAAACGUGAAAAAUAGAGAUGAUAUGGAGGUAUUGCUAAACGUUAAGAGUAUCGUUCCUCAGACUCCGGUUCAAAGGGCCUUAUUAGAAGCUUUGGCUGAUACCAUUAACGAUAACAAUGCCAAAAGAUCUCAACAACAUGAACACUUCAACGAUGACUCAAAAGGCGAACAGCAUGACAAUGAGCAUGACUCCAAAUUGCACAAGAUAGGAAAAAUGCUUUCCAAGUUUUUCAACUUAGAGAAGCUGUAAAUGACUUGUAUAUAUAGGCACCCACGCUAGCACCGUCACGGUGCAUUGUAAAUAAACAACGUAUUAUU